UCACCCCCGGGGCCCGGCGCGGCCGCCGCCGCCAUCCCCCUCCCCGCCCGCCCGCCCGGCCGCCCGAUGAGCGACUGAGCUGCGGGGCGCUCCGCCCGUCCAUGCCCCGCUGCCAUGAACCCCGAGCUGGCGAUGGAGCCGCUGGGCAGCCUGCACGGAGCGGCCGGCCAUGAGCCGGAGCUGAUGGGCAGCCCCAGCCCGCACCACGCCGGGCACGGCGGCGCCGGGCCGCUCCGGGUGCCCCCGCCGCCGCCGCCGCCGCACCAGGAGCUGCCCCCCGCCGCCGCCGCCCGGCCGGCCAUGGUGCCCAGCAUGGCCUCGCUGCUGGACGGCGCCGCCGAGUACCGGCCCGAGCUCUCCGUGCCGCUGCACCACGCCAUCAGCGUGCCCUGCGAGUCCUCGCCGCCCGGCGUGGGCAUCAGCGGCACCUACACCACCCUGACGCCGCUCCAGCCCCUGCCGCCCAUCUCCACCGUCUCCGACAAGUUCCACCACCCGCACCACCACCCGCACGCCCACCCGCACCACCACCCGCACCACCACCACCACCAGCGCCUCUCGGGCAACGUCGGCGGCGGCUUCGCCCUGAUGCGGGACGAGCGCGGGCUGCCGGCCGUCAACAACCUGUACGGCCCCUACAAGGAGAUGCCGGCCGUGGGGCAGAGCCUCUCGCCGCUGGGCAACGGGCUGGGCCCGCUGCACGGCGCCCAGCAGGGCCUGCACGGCUACGGGCCGCCGGGCCACGACAAGAUGCUGAGCCCCAACUUCGAGGCCCACGCGGCCAUGCUGGCACGGGGGGAGCAGCACCUCUCCCGCGGGCUGGGCACCCCUCCGGCCAUGCUGCCCGCGCUCAACGGGAUGCCCCCGGGCCACCCGCCGCCGCCCCACGGGCCCCCGCUGCCCGCCGGCCGCGACCGGCCGCCUUCCUCCUCCUCUUCGUCGGGCUGCGGGCCGGCGGGGAGCGGCUCGGGGCAGCUGGAGGAGAUCAACACCAAGGAGGUGGCGCAGCGCAUCACGGCCGAGCUGAAGCGCUACAGCAUCCCCCAGGCCAUCUUCGCCCAGCGGGUGCUGUGCCGCUCCCAGGGCACCCUCUCGGACUUGCUGCGGAACCCCAAGCCCUGGAGCAAGCUCAAGUCCGGCCGGGAGACCUUCCGCAGGAUGUGGAAGUGGCUGCAGGAGCCUGAGUUCCAGAGGAUGUCGGCCCUACGCCUGGCAGCCUGCAAGCGCAAGGAGCAGGAGCCCAGCAAGGAGCGCAGCGGCUCGCAGAAGAAGUCCCGCCUGGUGUUCACCGACCUGCAGCGCCGCACGCUCUUCGCCAUCUUCAAGGAGAACAAGAGGCCCUCCAAGGAGAUGCAGAUCACCAUCUCCCAGCAGCUGGGGCUGGAGCUCACCACCGUCAGCAACUUCUUCAUGAACGCCCGGCGCCGCAGCCUGGAGAAGUGGCAGGACGACCUCAGCUCGGGGGGCUCCUCCUCGGCCCCCAGCACCUGCACCAAGGCGUGAGGGGCAGGGCACGGCGGCGGCCAGAGCGGCACGGCGGCGGCGGAGCCCUUCGCCGGUGACCUAAAGCACAAACCCUCCUGGAAACCACCCCCCCAGCCCGGCUCCGCCGGACACCUUCCCACGGCUUCUCCUCCACGAUCCCACGCUCAGGACAGGUCUGACACGGAGGGGCCCUUCCUGAGCCCCAAAGAGCCCCUGAGGUGCCACGCCGAGCCCGGGUAGCCUGCCUGUGCCCAGCGUCCCCCGCCGGCAGGGCGCCGGUGCCGGCCACGCCGCCCUGCACCGAGGCUGGCACGGCCGCGGCGCAGCACAAGGUCUGCCCCCGAAGAAGCCCAGAAGCUGUUUUCGCAAACUCAGGCGCGGUUUUGUUAGGCAAAACCCCAACCCCGACCCAACCCCGAGGGGAAAGUUCAGGUUUUUUGUUUCCUUCUCUGCAGCUGAGUUUCGGCAGCGAGCGGCUGGGUGCUGGGCCAGAGGCACACAGUGCCCGGAGCUCAAAGCAUGAAGCACAACGCAGCAGCCCCAGCAGCUCCGAGCGCACAGGCACAGCCUGCAGCUUGGCACCGGCUCCGCCUUGGCACCGACCGCAGGGGCACCCCCGGGAGGA